CCGUCUUUCGCCAGCAGUCUCCCCAAAGCUUUCCUUGCAGCAAACGAGCCAAGGAAUACCAGCAGGCUCAACCCACCGGCAGGCCUGCCUUGUGGGGGCGUCAGGAAGGGGCGAGGAGCGGCCCGGUCCGCUGGAGCGACGUGGAAAUGAGCAGCCCCGAUGCUGGAUACGCCAGUAGCGACGACCAGGCGCAAGGACGGUGCUCGCUCCCUCCCCUCAUGAUGCAGUGCCAGUGGGCAGAGUCGUUGAGCCCCCUGGCAGACGGCAAGGCCAAGAGCGAGGCGGCCGCCGAUCAAGGGCAGCAGGGAGCGCCGGGACGGGCCAAAGGGGAGGCUCGUAUCCGCCGCCCCAUGAACGCCUUCAUGGUCUGGGCCAAGGACGAGCGCAAGCGGCUGGCGCAGCAGAAUCCGGAUUUGCACAACGCCGAACUCAGCAAAAUGCUGGGUCAGUCGUGGCGGGCGCUGACUCAGGAAGAGAAGCGUCCCUUCGUGGAAGAGGCGGAGCGGUUGCGCCUGCAGCACAUGCGGGACCACCCGCACUACAAGUACCGUCCCAGGCGCAGGAAGCAGGUGAAGCGCCUCAAGCGCGGCGACGGCGUGGCCGACGGCGGGGGCGGCUUCCUCUCGGUUCAGCACCACCACCAGCAGCAGCACCACCAGCACCAGCAGCAGCAGCAGCUGGGGCUGCCUGUAGAGGCGGGGCCUGGAGGCGGCUGCGAGGGCCUCGGGCUGCCCUACCCUGAGCAGUCGAGCUACGCCGGCGGGGGCUUCCAUUACAGGGACUGCGCGCCUCUCCCGCUGCCCGGCUUAGGGGCCCACUUCGGAAGCUACAACCUGCCCACCCCAGAGCCCGAGCCCCAGAGCGGCGCCUGCGCGGAGACCGCCUUUUUCCCGUCGCCUCAGCCCGAGGAAGGCGGCUGCCUGCUGGGCCCCUACGGCUACCCGACGCCUCCCGGGGCCGAAUAUCCCUGCAAUGGCGUCCCGGGCCACGGCAACAGUGGCAGCCCGGGCGUGGGCGGGCUCUUCCGGGGCCGCUUCUCGGUUCCUUUGGCCCCCUACCCCACCUCCUCGCCUGCGCAGGACCCCGCGCAACACCACCAGCAGCAGCCCUGCCGCCGAGGGGACGCCGCCGUCGGCCUGGAGCACCUGCCCCCGCACGACGUGGAGCUGCUGGCCGACGUGGACCGCGCCGAGUUCGAGCAGUACCUGCCCUUCGGCUGCCGGCCCGCCGACCUGACCCUCCCGUACCCGGGCCACGAAGGCUCUGAGGCGGCGGCGGCGGCGGCUGCCACUUACUAUUGCGCAGCUGCGGGCGGAGGCAGCGCCUACCCCGAGCUGUGA